AUGAUUGCAGGAACAGAGGUGUGGCAAGAAAACAGUCGCAUAUCAUUUGCACCCGCUCAGUGGGUGGCAUGGACGAAGCAAAUCCUUCAGGGCGAGCAGGUGCUAGCACGAGUACUUAAUAUGCCUAUGGGCCACAUGAUGCCUGCGGAAAGGAGCCAAGAGUACCGUCACCGUGCAGCAGAGGUCGCUGUACGACACGAACGAAAUCUGGAUGCAAACAAAACCCGUCAAAACCAGUCAACUGCCAACAUCACGCCGCGCGGGACUAGAACGGAGGUGCACCAUGAUUCUGAUCAUCAUAUCUCAACUGCCCGCGGGUUGGCUAGUCGCAAGAGGAUCCCGUUAAAAUUGUGGCUGCUAUGGCCAUCCACAGAGCUGCGCCACCUCGUAACGUGCUAUAGCGACACGAAGGCAGCCCUGGCCCGAAUGGAAUAUGGCUCCUUCUUUGUACAAAUGCCAGGAGAGUCAGUGCUCGUGCCACCCAACUGUCCUCAUGCCGUUGUUACAUUAGAUUCUUGCUACCUAUAUGGGCACACCUUCUCCACUCAUUCCUGGGCCUAUGAUCCAACCACCGCUCUCGUUGAGAUAAGUGUGGGUAAUCCAGUCGAUGAAGCUUGCCAGGAGCUGAUCAAGCGACUGCGUCUCGGUCUACGUAGUGGCAAGUUUCGCCAGGUGUAUAUCGAUCAAUUCAUUGAGACAUGGGCAAUAGAGGCGCCGAUACUACGCAGCCAGAGAGAUGAGUUUGAAAAAUUGAUAGCGCUCUGGACGGAGGACAUCCGCAGUACUGGAUCGUGUAUUUGGUGUGCCGCUGCAGGUGGGCCGGGGCGAUACGAUAUCGGGUUGGAUAACUUAGAGCAUAUGAGAGCUCAUUUAGAGGGUCGGACGCCACUAAGGGGUAAAGAUAUAGUGCUGGAAGCGCAGUAA